AUGGCUUAUCCUGGUGGAAGAAUGCUGGAGCCGCGAUAUAUUGACUUUGCAAAUAAGAUACUCAUAAAUAGUACAACUUUACUAACCAGAAAUUAUUUAAGAAUAAUUGAUGCAGCGAGAAGCGAAUUAUGUUUAGCUCUAAAGGCCACGAUUAACAGGAAAGAGCUAAUAUCGGCGUUGAAGAAGUAUCUCUCCAUACAUGGCAAGGAUUUAACUGAGGAAUGCAUAAAGUUUUUAUCUUCUAUCAGAUAUAAAUGGAUCAGCUUUACAGAUGGUUUGGAAGUAGAUAUAAAUGGAAUGCGGGUUGAUAAACUGGCUAUGACUAUGGCGGAGAUCUUGCAAUGUUACCGAACUGCAGCCGGAAUCUUCACAUACGUUAAUGAUAAUGUGACAGAUGAGCGUCCCAAUUUUUUAGACGAGACAAUACUGGAAAAGUUGCAUAUUCAAAGUAUCGCGGAAGCGCAAAUUAUAACAGUAAUAAGAGCUAUUGUAUCAAGUCGUGAAGUCCUCCAAAUUAGUAAAUUAAGUGAAGAUUUCCACAACAAGUGCAUCAAGCCCUUACGGUUUUACAAAAUAGUAAAAGUCACUAUGCGCAGGCUGUUGAAAUCUUGCAAAUUAGGUGAAAACUUACAAGAUAUCAUAGCUCGUACCCAAAAGAAAUGCUUAUCGCGUCAAGUAGAAGCCACGACGGAAGUUCUUGAGAGCGUGGAAGGUUUAAUUGUAAUUACUCCCAUCAUAUUUAUUCUGCCGUCAGAAAGGGAUCAGGUCGUAAAUAUACUGAAAGACAGGAAGUUCUUAUUGAUUGCUCACAAAUGUGGAGAUUGUAUGCUAACAAAUCAUUCUGAUCGCGAAUAUGAGGAUCAAAAGUGGCCUUUUUGCUGUAGAAUUAUCACCUUUGCCUUUUUACUUCCUCCGGCGUGUGCACUAUCCAUUGCUGUUUGCCUUUCUUGGUUGACACUUUUUCUCUGGAUUCCCAAAGACCAUUUAAAUAGUAUACAUAUUAAGCGAAUUGCUGUCCAAUGUUUCUGCCUGGAUAAUGUGUGUUAUGAAGACGCAAUUGCGUUUUGCCGUUCACUGAUGAUGGCACCAUAUCAUCUGUUACUAUGGGCGGUCGGCACUCCGAAUCCUGAAGAUUCACGUUUAGAAAAUGAAGAGAGUGAACAACUGCUGCUGCGAGAUGCACAUGAAAAAACCGGUCAAGGAUUAGAAAAUACAGAUUCAUUACCUUGA